AUGGCGGUGAUCAGGCAAGAAUGGCUAAAAGCCUCCUCCGGGCAGCAGCAAGACCGCUGCUCCCGAGCCGCCGAGCUGGAGUUGGAAGUGGAACUCCGCGGGGCCGGGCCCCCGGCUGCUGGGCAGCGGCUCCUCCAGGCCGAGGCGCCGGGGGAGGAUGAGCUGGAGGCGGGGGCAGCCUCCCGGCGGAGCGGCGGGGCCCGGAGCACGCUGCGCUGGUUCAUCACCGCGAUCCUGUGUGCUUCCUUCCUGGGGCUGGGAUUGAGUAUCGCUAUCCUGGGACCCACGUUUCAAGAUCUGGCAACAAACGUGAACCGUAACAUCAGCAGCCUGUCUCUGAUUUUUGUGGGCCGCGCGACUGGGUAUUUGAGUGGCUCUGUGAUUGGCGGAGUUCUUUUUGACAGUAUGAAUCCUUUUCUGCUUCUGGGGGUGUCAAUGUUGGCUACCACAGUCAGUCUUUACCUUGUUCCAUUUUGUAAGACUGCGGUGUUACUGAUUGUCAUGACGUCUGUCUUCGGGGUUUCCAUGGGCAUUCUGGAUACAGGUGGUAACGUCUUAAUCUUGGCUGUUUGGGGGGACAAAGGAGCCCCACAUAUGCAGGCCUUACACUUCAGCUUUGCCUUGGGUGCCUUUUUGGCUCCACUGCUGGCUAAGUUGGCACUGGGCACGACAGUGUCUGCUGAAAACCACACCGAGGCCGACUGGAACCGUUCCGCCCCCCGCCUGUCACCUGAAGCUGCCCCAGAGUCUCUGUUUGGAGUCCCUGACAAUAUGAGUUUACUGUGGGCUUAUGCUGUUAUUGCUACUUACAUAUUUGUAGUGUCUACCUUUCUUUUUGCUCUGUUUUUCAAAAGCUCACAGCAGGAAAAAGCAAAAACAUCUGCUCAGAGGUCUCGAAGAGCUAAAUAUCACAAGGCACUUCUCUGUCUCCUUUUCCUGUUUUUCUUUUUUUAUGUUGGAGCUGAAGUAACGUACGGCUCUUACGUUUUCUCAUUUGCAACCACUCAUGCCGGCAUGUCCGAAGGCGAAGCGGCCGGGUUGAACUCCAUCUUCUGGGGGACCUUUGCAGCCUGCAGGGGCCUGGCAAUCUUUUUUGCUACGUGUUUACAACCUGGAACCAUGCUUGUGCUGAGCAACAUUGGCAGCCUGCUGUCCUCAUUGCUCCUGGUGCUUUUCAACAAGAGCCCAGUUUGUCUGUGGAUCGCAACGUCCGUGUACGGGGCCUCAAUGGCAACCACGUUUCCCAGUGGCAUUUCUUGGAUUGAGCAGUACACGACCAUCCAUGGGAAAGCCGCAGCGUUUUUUGUAGUUGGUGCUUCCCUGGGAGAAAUGGCUAUUCCUGCAGUCAUUGGGAUUCUUCAAGGAAAAUACCCUGACUUACCUGUCGUUUUGUAUACCUCUUUGGGGUCAGCAGUAGCCACGGCUGUUUUAUUUCCUGUGAUGUAUAAAUUAGCCACCUCACCUCUCAGUCGUCAGCAAAAAGAACACAGGAAAAGUGAGGACCAGAAAUCGUUGCUCUCUAGCUCUGGGCUAAAUGACCAUGAGGAAGAGAAUGAAGAAGAUGAUGCAGAAAAAUGGAAUGAAAUGGAUUUUGAAGUGAUUGAAAUGAAUGAUACCAUGAGGGAUUCUGUAGUAGAGACAUCUAGAAAUACUGUGAUGGAGUCCACAGCAGAAGUCUUCAACCAGUUUCACUCAGAUGCAUUAGUGUGUGAGUUCUCUCCAGUUAAUGCUGGCAAGUCCCCUGAGAAUCGCUUGCAAGAAACCAGGACAAGAGGGACUAACACAGAGAAGAUGGAUUAUUUACGGACUUCCUUGAAUAAUCGCCAGUUCUCCAGAGGCCAGUUCGAGCAGAGCAUGAGCAGAUUUUCAACAUGCUUUGGGGAUCAGAAUGUCUGUGUCAGUGUGCAGCAAAUGCUGCAGAGUUUUGAUACGUUCUGUAAUCCCCAGAGUCCUCCAUAAAGAACCACUGGUCUCAGCAGGAUCGUGUCAGGCUAGUGUUUGGCCUGUGGCUCAUCAGGUAGUAUUUUAUGGUCUUCGCCUCUCAGAGCAUGCAAAGAAGGCAUUUGUUUUUGAGAAGUUGGGUGGUGUUUUAUAGAGUGAAACCAUCUAGUUGAAUUGAUUAGUUGAACAAAUUAUCAAUCGUCAGUAUCCUACCAGGGGAGUUGAAGUGCGUCGUUUCAUAAAAUAGCCUCUUUGACAAUGGACAGAGAUUGUUCAUGUUUUUCCCUAUCUGUAGUGUUUGGACCGAAGAACGCUAAUGCCUCAUUGGAUGUCUGAUUUCUGUGAAGAGAGCACAGAACAGGGCCCUAGAGACCUGGCUUCAAGCCUUGGCGGCUGCUCACUAGCCCUACGGCCUGGACUCCGUCGCCUAACUUACCUAGGCCUCGUGUAUCUCAGCUCUUGAUCUCUGAUUCUGUAAGUGAAACUGAGACGACUUUCAAACUAGGAAUCCCUAAGUUUUAAAGUUUGUGUAAGAUGAAUGCUAGAAAU